AUGAUGGCUUUGUUAUGGCACGAGUUCCCACCCUCACGUUGUGCCCGCGGGGGGGGGGGGAAAGUUUGGUUGUUGAGAUGGCUUGGGGGGCAGCUGGGAGCCCUGAUUUGGAGGGUUCGGGUCACCCCUGCAGCCCGCUCAGCGUUAGGAGUGGGGGCUUUGUGGGACACCCCGCCGCCCCUCUUUCCCGUGGGGUUGGGUUAUGCGUCGUUACGCCGCGCUGCUCGCUGCCCCCUCGCUGCCCCCCAACACCGUGCCAACAUUUGCAACGCUGUGGGCAUCCCCUGCCCCACAACCCACGCAGCCGCCCCGCUGUCGCCGCGUCCUGACCCCAUCCGCGCCACAACCCGAGGUCCGGACACACGAAUCAAUGAAUUCCCCAAACGGGGAGGUCCGGGGGAGGGGAGAAUCCCGGCACAGGAAAAAGCUCUGAACUGGGCGAGCCGCGGGCAGAGCGGUCCGGGCCGCCCCACAGCGCGGCCCUACGCGCGACCCCAUCUCCUGGCACACAGCUCCGCCGCCCACCCUCUGCCCUUCUGCCCCAUGUUCCGUUCUCGCCGUGCCGCGCUGCUGAGGCGGCUGUGGCGGCAGCGCUGCCCGACCCCCGGCCCCGAGGAGGGACCCGGUGCCCUGAAACCCGCGGCGCACGCCCUGUUCAAGAAGCUGAAGGACGAGGAGCUGGAGCUGCUGCUGCAGGCGGUGGAGAGCCGCGGUGCCUGGGAGUCCGGCUGCGUCUGGGUGCCGCGGGGGGCCAAGCAGGCGCUGCCCCCCCAGGUGCUGCUGUGCCGCCUGUUCCGCUGGCCCGACCUGCGGCAGCCCCAUGAGCUCAAGCAUCUCUGCUACUGCCAGAGCGCGGGGGGCCGGGGGGGCUGCGGGGAUGCGGCCGCGCUCUGCUGCAACCCCCAUCACUUCAGCCGUCUGGCUGCGCCUGAGACCCCUCCACCCCCCUACUCGAAGUCCAUCAGCCCCUCCUGGCCAGCUGAGCCCAAGUCCCCCCAGCUCCUGGAUUUCAGCUGCAACCACGCGGAGCGGCGCGACACCAGCAUCUCUCGGAGCGCGGCACGGGACGGCUGCUGGUGCAAACUGGCGUACUGGGAGCACCGGACACGCGUGGGUCGCCUCUACGACGUGCACGAAGCGUCGGUGAACGUCUUCAGCGAGCUGCCGCGGGGCAGCGGGUUCUGCCUGGGCCAACUGCCUGCCGUGCACCGCAGCCGCGCCGUGCGCCGCGCCAGGGGGAAGAUUGGGAAGGGGCUGCUGCUGAGCCGGGAGCUGAGCGCCGUCUGGGCGUACAACCGAAGCGAGCAUCCCAUCUUUGUCAGCUCGCCCACCCUGGGCCCUCCUGGAGCCCACGGGCUGGCCGUGCUCAAAGUGCUGCCAGGGUAUUCGGUGAAGGUGUUCGACUACGAGAGGGCAGGGGGGUUCGGGGCCGGGGGGUGGCAGAAUGGGGAUGGGCCUUGUGACCCCCAUAGCGUCCGGAUCAGCUUUGGGAAGGGCUGGGGGCCGUGCUACUCCAGGCAGUUCAUCACCUCGUGCCCUUGCUGGCUGGAGGUGCUGCUGGCACAGCCCCGCUGAGCAGCCGUUGGGGUGGCACGACCCCCAUCUAUGGGCCCCUGCGUUCCCAUGGGACCCCCAACCCCCCCCCCCCCAAAGCCCAGGUGUGGGGCUGGGGCAGGGCGUUAUUUAAUCUCUCCUUGGUUAUUAUGAUUUCAGUGGUUACGUUGCAUGUUUAAUUUAUGUUAUUUGUGUAAAAGGGUGAACAAGGAGGAAGUUGAGGAGGGUGGGAGUGCAGGGAAUGCAAGGGUCU